GUUAACAUUGAUGUUUGCAAAGAGAAAGAUUCAUACAGUAACCCUCAAGGAAGUUUCAAUAAUAUUCCGAUAAAAGGGGAUUUAUUCAAAAUAAUUCCAGAUGAGUAAUUCGUCGUUAAGUGAGAAGGAUCUGGUGAUGGACAAGGCGAUAGCUGUUACCUGCUUCUCCAUGGCCGUGAUCAUAGUUGGGCUCAACGGCUUGGUCAUAAUAACCCUUAGCCGACAGAAGGAAAAUAAUCGCUUACACUUUUUCAUACGUCAUCUAGCCAUUGCAGAUAUACUGGUUGGGUUGAUUGCUGUUGCUGGCGAUGCAGUCAAUAUCGGUAUUUUGCACGCGGAAUGGCUGGCCGGCGACGUCAUGUGUCGUCUGCACCGAUAUGCUUGUUACGUCAUUCUUAUCGUCUCCAACAAUCUGCUCAUUGGAAUGAGUGUUGAUCGCUUUCUUGCUGUGAAGUAUCCGUUAAGACAGAUUACGGGAGGUUACAUGCCAUACCGAACAAUCAUCAUUGGUUGCUGGGUUCUUGGAUUAGCCUUACCUACAUGGUUGAUACCAUUCGUUGGAACAGAAUAUAACACAAAGUACUCGAAGGUCUUUUGCAACGUAAUGUUAAGAACUGAAAGUCAAUGGAAGGCGUUUGUUUGGAGCACACUGACUGGAGUUUUCUUUCUCCCCCUUGUCGCAAUUUCCGUUUGCUACAUCGGCAUUUCAAUUGUCGUCUGGCAACGCUGGAAAGAAGGACAGAGGCUAACAGAAGUGAAGGACAAGUCUCAAAAACAAGGAAUUUUAGAGCGUGCACGACCAAAAAUGUCUGGGUUGCUUCCAAAAGCCAAGGUGAAGUCUAUAAAAAUGACACUCAUCGUUUGCUUUGCAUUCUUUGUCUGUUGGCUGCCAGCGACAUUGAUCUACUUGCUUGACGUCCAUCGAUUAAAUUCUCUAGACAACACGACCAAACGAAUGUUAGAGAGGCUAUAUCCGCUAAACAGUCUUUGUAACCCUCUCAUCUUCAUCAUGUUCAAUACGAAACUUUUCUCGUGGCGUAAGACAAACACUCCCGCGCGUGAUUACGACAGCAUGGGCACACAGAUGACUGCAACCUGACUACUAUCGGAGAUAUGGCGUCUCAUAUUGACGCCAUUUAAGCGUUUGAGUUACGCAGAGAUGUAACUCGUUGUAAACAAAACACUCCGACAUUUGAGCAUACAUUUUCCGGGAAAUUGUGUAUGGGGUAUUUCGCUAAUAAUCUAAAUUUAGCCUUUCUCAACUCAAUUUUAUGUUUCAUCACAGAAAUGAUAUAGUUCAUCUCCAUAUCGUCUGCAUAUACAAGUGUUUAAAUAUCUAAUUGUACCUAUAAGACUGUUCUAUAAACGUAAUUAAUGGUUAGGCAUGCUGCACUGGCAAUCAGAGAAUAGUUUAUACUCUGUAAAGGUGAUGUUAUUUGACUGAUAUUUAUUUUGCAUAUUGAAAUGAAAUUAUAUUUAACUUAUGUUUUAACAGUAUAUAAAUGUGAGUACAGAAUGCGAUAUUAUAAGGACACGAUAGUUAUGGCAGUAAAUGAUCACUCGAUUAUAAGAUAGAUAUAAGCUUUUGUAAUUUUCGCUCGAGUUAGAUACCUUUUUCGAAAGCAAUUCAUCCAUCAUUUAGACAGGUAAUUAGAAAGCGACCAAGGCAUCCUGAGUGAGAAGCAGACACCUUCACUUCUAAAUCUUUUCAUCAUCACAGCACCAUUACUACAGCAAGAGCUUUAAAAUCAGAAUAAAUUAGAAGAACUAAAAACAAAUUCACCUUAAUCCAACAACAACUGCAACGCUUCUGAUCUAAACUGUGCAAAGUAUAUACUUGUUUGAUUUAAUACCACAUAUCGUUAAAGAUCAAUUCGAUCGUUUUUGCUGUAUUCUGUAUCUAAGAUACAGCU